GUAUGACGCCGCUCCACCGGGCCGCUUUCUACGGCAAAGCCGCCAUCGUGGAGGCACUGCUAAAAGCCGGCGCAGACAAGGGGCUCAAAGACAACCAGGGCAAAACAGCGCUGGACUUGGCAAGUGAAGCCUGUGAUGAGGAUGACCUCGACAACCUCGACGAGGAUGAGCGGGAGGCUCGGCGGAAAGGACGUCCAGCCUGCAGGCCACUCCUCGAGGCCAGCGGCUUGCCGGGGCCGUGA